AUGAACCUCGGCCAUCGACGUUUGGUUUGCUUCGUUGACGCCCUUGACGAGUGUGACGAAGAGCAGGUACGAGAAAUGGUGACAUACUUCGAGGAACUAGGAUACGAGGCUACGGCAGAGGGCGUCCAUCUCCAGAUUUGCUUCUCAAGUCGCCAUUAUCCUCAUAUCGAGAUCCAAAACGGCCUGAAACUGACUCUUGAGAACCAACCCGGCCACGAGCAAGACUUGGAGAAAUACGUUCGAAAUUGCUUGCGGGUAGGCAAGCGUUCAGACGCUGAAGAUAUCAAAAUCGGGGUCCUGGAAAAAGCCAAUGGCGUCUUCAUGUGGGUCGUCUUGGUAGUCGAUAUUUUGAACAAGGAAUAUGCACGGGGUCAAAUUGCCGCGGCAAAGAGAAAACUGGGCGAGAUUCCUAGUCGGCUAAGUGACUUGUUCAAAGACAUUUUGAGGCGCGACAACGAAAACAUGGACGACCUUCUGCUGUGUAUUCAGUGGAUACUCUACGCAAAGCGACCUCUAUUACGAGAGGAAUUUUACUUUGCAAUGCUCUCCGAAUUGCCAACCGAAGAACUUGCUAUAUACGACCCCAAAAAGAUCACCGGCGAUGAUUUACACUUGUUUGUUAUCAGCUCCUCAAAGGGACUAGCCGAGAUCACAAAGUCAAAAAACGCAACUAUACAGUUCAUCCAUGAAUCUACAAUGGAAUAUUGGAGCUUUGGCCCCAACUUGGGGAGCAGUUCGAGAGCCUGA